AACCCCCUGCUACGUCACGAAGAGGCGGGUAAAGUUUCGGUUCAGCUUCCUUACAAAGAAGCAUAAAAGCAGAAUUUCAUUAAAACUCCUCAACCAUCGCAAACACCAUGAGUCCUGUGGAGCUUUACCUGCUGCUGUCACUGGGUGUGUGUGUCUCUGUGGGCAUGUCUGUCAAACACACGGACCUGGAGGUUGUUUCUGUUUCUGGGGAAGAUUCAGUUCUGGAGUGCACAGCUGACCCAAAGCCAGGAGUCCAGUACAGAGCAGUCAGAUGGUACAAGGUCCGAGAUCCUUCGUCUGACGCUCGCCUCAGUGGCCUUUUGAUGAAACACCUCCCCAACGGCCCGACGCAGUGGUACAAAGGCGCGGAGGGCGAGGUGGAGUUCGUGAACGAGUCCCGCAACAUCCUGCUGUCCAACGUGACUUGCGCCGACAGCGGCGUGUACGUGUGUCACCUGGCUGCACCUGUGGGAGAACAGAACCGCGAGGGGCGGGUCCUCCUCGCUCUGACAGACUGUCUCACAGAAGAUCUGUCCAACAAUGACGACAUGACCGACACGUACAUGGUUAUCGUGGCCACAGCAGUGCUGGUGUUGGCACUUGUGAUCUUCAGAAUAAGCUAUGUUAGUUUGAAGAACACCCUCAAAGACAGAAGCGUCACACCGAAGAAAGAAACUUUACUGGACGCGCCGAUGAAACCGCUCGAGAAAAAGGACUUAAUGCUGAUCUAUACUCUGGGUCCAAAGGUGCCUAAAUCGGACACACUGAAACACAUCUGUGUUUGAAGACAAACAUGACGGCGAAGGAGGAAGAAUACCGAGAUUGACGCGCAAAUGCCAAAUGUGAAUCCGCAGAAAACCUUUUUACCUGUCCUCAUUUUGCACCAAUCCAUAAAAAACAGUUUGAUCAGCGAGAGCAGGAGGACCAAGUCACGCCUCGUCACCGCGGCACCGAAGGUGAAGACAACAACAACAACAACUCAUGUUUGGUCAAACUCCAAUCACAGACUUUUCGUAGAUCGGGCUGAGGACAGGGACGGGGUCUCUUGAAGACCUAAGAUAGAAGAUCGAUGCAGAGCGGGAUCGAUCAGGAAGCAGCGGGGUCCGGUCAGAGGUCAAAGCGGGCACUCAUAGGUUGGCGUGGAGGUGAGCAAGACGCUGAACAAAUUGCUCCCGAUGGUGUAAAGUCAGCACUUUGCAGUUUUCUACAGAGGCGAUUAUGCACCUUAAAGUGAGUCGAUGCAACUUUUGCUGAACAGUUUCGUGGAUGAAUCAGGAGCAGAGAAGGCUCAUGAAAAGUCGACGAAAGUAACAUAACUCAAGACGCAGAGGGGUGAAUGAAAAAGCGAGUAGGGGGACGUCGAGUUGAGGUGAUUUGGUCAAACAUUAACAUCAAAUCUGCAAAUCUUUCAGUCAGUUGCAGAGCAGUAUAAAGUUCCAUAGUCUCACUUUAAGGUACUUUUUACAGAAGUUAGUGUCUCGAGGUGUGAGACAGGUACGAGGUAAAUGUCUUUAAAGCUGCACACACAUAGAGCACACUCUAUGUUUACAAAGUUCUCAAUUUUAACCAGAUAUGUAUAAAGAAAUAUGAGUUAUAGGAGAUCUAAUAAAUAUAUAUAUAUAUACAGUUCUAUAUGAGGUCACAUCAGGGGGCGAAAACAGGACAUGUGGAGGCGUGAAAGUUCAAACUGUGACACUUUCAGCUGCAGUUGGCCUU